AUGGCGACGGACGCCGCGCCGGCGCCGCGCUACUCGCUGCUGCCGGGCCGCCUCCCCGCGGAGGACAUCCUCUUCUGCGUCGACGUCGACCUCGAGGCGCGCGCGGAGAUGAAGUCCGCCGCCGCCGCCGCGGCGUCCUCGGGCUCCACCUCCACCGCGUCGCCGCAGCCGACGCAGCCCGCGGGGGCCGCCGGGGGUGCCCCGGCGGCGGGGCCCCGGACUGCGGUCAGGCGGAUGGACGCGAUCAAGCAGGCCCUGCUGCUCUUCGUCCACAGCAAGCUCACCAUGUGCCCCGACCACCGCUUCGCCUUCGGCUCCCUCGGCGAGGCGUUCUCCAUGGUGAAGAAGGGCUUCAGUAGUGAUGCUGGUUCAGCAAUGGAGGCAAUCCAUUCCUUGUCUGCUUCAGAAUCAAGAUAUGCAAUGGCUGAUCUCACCCAGCUCUUCAUGACAGCUAACCAGGAAGGUACAAAAGCAGAAUCACAAGGCCGGCUUCUCAGGGUGGUACUUAUCUACUGUCGUUCCUCUAUGAAGCCACAGCAUCAGUGGCCUGUGAAGCCAAAGAAUUUCACCCUUGACAUAAUCUAUCUCCAUGACAAGCCAAGUGCUGACAACUGCCCACAGAUGGUAUAUGAUGCCUUGGUUGAUGUUCUUGACCAUGUCAGCCAGUAUGAGGGGUACAUUCUUGAGACUGGUCAAGGGCUUGCUCGCGUUCUCUUUCGUCAGAUGUGCAUUCUUCUAUCCCAUCCUUUGCAACGUUGCAUCCAAGAUGACCUUGAUAUUCCCAAACAAGUCGCUAAGAAAACUCUGGCAAUCGAAGCUGCACAGAAUGAAGAUGGCACGCCAGUCUCCAGCCAGCAGUAG